CUAAUGGACCAAUCUGGACAUGACAACGUCAUCGAGAACGAGGGUGACCGCGUUUUUGUCAUUGACGGGAAGGCUUAUUUCAACGGUCACUCCACUCUCUAUAUUCCAAGCUUCUCGGACGCUCACUACGGAGACUCGGUCGUCAUCAAGCUCAAGUAUAAGAUGGCAAACAGAACACCAGAGGGGGGAGGUGACCACACAGAGCAAUAUGGUGACUUCGACUACUACAACUCAAACGAUGAAAGCUACGGGUUUAACGAUGAGUAUGACCAAGACGAGGACGACAAACUUUACCGCACAAUGGCGCUCGUCUCCAAUGGCGACUGUGACAACGAUUACACGUGGUCUGGUUCGUGUUACGAGAACCCAACCAUCACUAUUGCGACGAAUAGACGGACAACCAUCUUUGACGUCCAAACGUCCGAGGACGAGCACGAAACGCAGAUGGAGGUGCACAAAAAACACGAUAAAACCCUUCACGAUGACGUGGAUUAUUAUGAUGACGAAUAUUACUCCUAUCUGUUUGAGAACAGGUUCCACGACGACUCCAACAACUGUACCAACGACACGUGGGAUGACGAAUGGCGGACUGUAAUGUUCCUGGUCCAUAACAAUACAUUCAGCGUUUACGACAACAACCUUCACGACCAAAGUCCAGUUUCUG